ACGUAACGUGCGUUGCUUGCUGUGCUGUCAGACUUUGACUUUGAUGAAGUAUUUCAAUGAGUUAAUUUUUUGUUGAUUUUUUUAAUAAUAAUGGACGGAAAGUUUGUAAGAAGUUUCUAAAAAUAUAAUUCUAUGAAUAUUACAAUAUUCGUCAAAGUAAUUACUUACUGGCUAUGCUCAUCAUUUAAUUCUAUAUUAAUAGAAAUAAGUAUAAGUAACUCUCAACUACACAACGUGCAAAUGAAAAUCUCCGAAUCAUGACAAGCCGAGGAAGUUUUAAAUCCGCACGAAUGAACUACAAAGUUCAAAAUGAACAACUAGAAAGUAAAGGUACCAAGCCAACCCGUGAAGAAUCCUCUAUCCUAGAAGUGUUCGUCUUGAUGAUUGUGCAUAUAUGUAAAAAGAUUCUAUUCUUUGACACCAAUUUAAAAAUAGCCAUUUACUUAGGAGCUCUCUUUUUACUAUCGAUCAUUGCGGAUGUAUUAACAUUUCCGAAAACAUACUUUUCGAGAAGUGACAAUGUUUUUAAUCAAUAUUUUGUGAAGAUUGGAUGGUUUUGGACACUAUUUAUGACAUUGCCUUAUGUUUUCUUGACGUCGUACACGACAUGCUGUGGGAAAAAGAGAAUAAUAGGCAUGGGUCAUUUGUCAAGAUUACUUGUUGCUACUGUGUUUUGGUACACAUGGACAACUGUCUUCAAUAUGAUAGAAACAAAUUAUGGACGUUGUAAUACUAAGUUAUAUGACAACAAAAUAAUGUGUUUAAAGAAUGGACAUUUUUGGAAUGGGUUUGAUUUAUCUGGGCACUGUUUUAUUCUAAUAUAUUCAAGUUUAGUUAUGAUAGAAGAAGCUAAAGCUAUCAAUGGCUGGGAAAGGAUAAAAGACUACAUAAGAGAUGAGAAGUAUGCUCGUAGUAUUGAUGACAAGUCUGCCAGUAUAAAUCCUUUGAAAAACAUCACAAGUGAUGAACUAAGUGCAUUGAAAGUGUCGUAUGAGAAUUAUACACCAUAUGUAAGAGCAUUUUUAAUAGGUAUUGCUUUGCUGCAGUUAUUGUGGGAUGUUAUGUUAGUUUCAACGAUAUUAUACUAUCACAUAAUGGUGGAAAAAUUCAUCAGUGGUGUCUUAGCAAUACUCACUUGGUUUGUUACUUAUAGAGUAUGGUAUACCAUACCAAAUAUUUACCCCAAUCUACCAGGAGAAGGCAUAUUUAAAUACAACAAUCGGAUGAAACCUGUGUCCACCACACCCACUUAUAGAAAAAAGAGUUCUACAAACGGUAAACAUUUUAUGGGCAUGCCAAUUAAUGCCAACCAAGACUCUGAAAAUAGUAAAGAAGAAACUAAAUAGAUUGAUACGACAUAUUUUUCACAGGUUGAGGUUUUAGUAUAUAGGGUUUCUGUUUUACAAUAAUAAGAAAUAUGGUUGUUAAUUUAAUGCUCUAAUUAGAGAUGUUUGUUAACACUUUAAGCAGUGGUGCAUUUUGUUUACCUAUUUAUUUAAAAUUGAUUCAUAUUUAAAGCUGAACUGAAUAGUACAAAUUUAUUUAUAACUGUUUGGCAAUUUGCAUUUUAUGGUCUAAUUAUUUAUGUUGCAACUGAUUUAUAUUUAAAUUAGGUCACCAAGUCCUUGCAUAUUAAUGGGAUUAACAUCAGGUACUUAUACAAUAAGAAUGUUGAUGAAAAAAAGCAAAAUCAUGUUAUAAUUUUAUUAAAUAUCUAACAAAGGUAAAUAAUACUGUUUCAUUGUAUUCCAAUCUAAUACCUAACACUUAUUUACGUAAAUACACAUUAAAUUCUUGAAGAGAAUGUGUUCUUACAAACAGAUCACAUGUACUGACAAUGAUAGUCAUAGGUUAAUUUUUUUAUAUACCUACUAAUUAUGCUGCUCGCAUUAGUAAAACAUAUGAUAGUCUGACUAUCAUAGUCAAAAUCAAAUUCCAUUUUUGUCCAAUAUACCUAGCAUCAUAACAAUGCUCAAUCUUUCUUUGUUAUUCUGAAUGAGUUAGUUAAAUGGUUUAAUAUUGAAAAAAAAAUUGAAUGUUUUGUUCCAUUUAUAACUUUGUAAAUAGGUAGGUACCUAUAUAAAAAACAUAAUACUUACGCCUUUAUUUGCUUAUUUACCAAAUCAAAAAAACAUCUUAUGUAAUACGUAAAUAAAGGUAGUUUACCAACAA